UGUACCUACGCGGACAAAACUUAUCAUCAGCUUAAGUACUAUUUCCAGCAUCAUCUUAUUUGGAGCUGGUAUUUCAGUCUGUGGUCUUUCAAAGUGGAGAGGGAAGUUUAGGAAAAUGACAAUCCCAAGGCUCUUUACGUCAGAAGAACUACUAAGGGACACUGCUUGGAAAGACCAAAUGAAGGAAGAUGAUACAUCAAAUUUGGUCAUUUAUGACUUCGAUAGCAUACGCCUCGCAACAGACAACUUCAACAUGAAAAACAAACUUGGGCAGGGAGGGUUUGGCCCAGUUUAUAAGGGAAAACUGAACGAUGGUAAGGAGAUAGCAGCAAAGAGACUUUCAAGCAGCUCAGGCCAAGGCAUAGCGGAGUUCAAGAAUGAGAUCCUUCUAAUAUCCAAACUUCAACACCGAAAUCUGGUGAGACUCCUUGGUUGCUGCAUUGAAGAAGAGGAAAAGAUUCUAGUGUAUGAGUACUUGCCUAACAAGAGCUUGGACACCUUCCUCUUUGAUUCAAAAGAGAAGGCAAAACUUAGCUGGAGUGUACGCUUCCACAUUAUCCAGGGGGUCGCAAGAGGGCUGCUUUACCUCCACCGCGAUUCUUGCCUUAGAGUCAUACAUCGGGAUUUGAAAGUGAGCAACAUUCUCUUGGAUGAAAAGAUGAAUCCCAAGAUUUCAGAUUUUGGGCUGUCACGGAUGUUUGAAGGAACUCAAGUUUUGGUAAAUACUCACAAAGUUGUGGGGACACUCUUUGGAGUACUACUAUUGGAGAUUAUCAGCGGCAAGAAGAACACAAGUUUAGAUUACCCAGGGCAGAAUCUCAAUGUCCUCGCUUAUGCUUGGCACUUGUGGUGUGAAGGCAGAGGAUUGGAUCUAAUAGAUGAAGGCAUUGCCGAUGCAUUUUCGGAGUUAGAAGUGAUGAGAUGCAUUCAGUUGGGGCUUCUCUGUACGCAAGAUCAUGCCACAGAUAGACCCAACAUGUUGGCCGUGGUUCUAAUGCUGAAUGGGGAGUCCAAUCUUUCACAGCCAAAGCAACCGACAUAUACAUUUUCAAGCUCGCUGGCUCACGAAGUCCCAUCACAAGAAGAAAGCAUCCGGUCCAUGAAUACCAUCACCAUUACUACGGUUGAAGGAAGAUAAAAUUCUCAAAUGCAUUUUCACUAUCAAUUCAUCUUUCUAGGGGUUCAGUGUUCACCAAAUUAAGCAGCUUGGAUAUGCAAUAUUUUGUUGCACUUUUACGUGGAUAUAUGAUGUAAACAUAGAGAUUGUGAGGGAAUCUGAGUUGCUA